AUUCAAUACCAACUAACCGUUUAGUUCAUAGAUCGUCACCACGCAGGGCGGACAGAGUUAUGUGAUAGAAAAAUUAGUUCGGUGGCCUAAAACUUUCCAAACCUUACCUUAAAAGGCGUAGACAUGUCAAAGUUAAGUGUAACGAGUUUUAAUAACAGAAUCGGGAGCCCGUUUAACACUAAAAACAAAGACAAAGCUGAUGGAAAAGUACACAAAGAAGUGCUACAGAAGACAAAUUAUGAUAAACAGAAGGAGAAAAGUAAUGAAUUGUUACAAAAAGUUACUAAAAAAACAGCGGAGUAUCAAUCACACAAACCAAGUUCGGGAGUGUUUACCGAAGUGGUGACGCAUGGAGCGUUUACAACAAAGAAAACUGAAAAAGAAAAGUCACCUAAACCAGAAAACUCGCCUACAGCUAAAUCGAGCAACGGGACGCCGGCGAAAUCUUUUUUAGGCUUUCCGUCAUCCGCUAAUGAUCUCGCUCUUGACGCGAAAUCAGACCUCGAAUCAGAUCCUAACAUUUCUAAAGAAGUAAAAGAGAAGGUGAUCGAUAAAUUAUUCACUUUAGUGUCUAUGGUGCAACACGUUUAUGAGUCUAAAGUAAGGAUAAUGACGGAAUACGAAAAAUUCAAGGAUACACAUUUGAAGAACGAAAUAAGAAAAGAAAAGGAACAUUCGGAACAACUGUACAAGCUAAAUAUGAAUUUCCAAAAUGAGGUGAUACAAUCGAUUCAACAGUUGAGAAGCGAGUUGGAUGUGUCACGAAACAUAUCGAGUAAUUCGUAUGAUUCAGGCGCUGUGAUAAAUUACAAGGAGAUGUGUAGUCAUGAUUCAAGUGAAUCUCAAAGCUUUCAAAAUAAAACCUAUUGUGAAAAAUGUGAUUGAAAGUUAUUAAUAUGCAUGACAAAAAGACGUGAACUUUAAUUAAAUUAAGCAUAUUUUUAUUUUGAUGUAAAUAAACUUAGCGAAAUA